AUGGGUAUUUCUCGUGAUUCUCGCCACAAGAGAGCUGCUACUGGUGCCAAGCGUGCCCAGUUCAGAAAGAAGAGAAAGUUUGAGUUGGGUCGUCAACCAGCCAACACCAAGAUCGGUGGAAAGAGAAUCCACACCGUCAGAACCAGAGGUGGUAACAAGAAGUUCAGAGCCUUGAGAAUCGAGACCGGUAACUUCGCCUGGGGUUCCGAAGGUGUCACCAGAAAGACCAGAAUUGCUGGUGUGGUGUACCAUCCUUCCAACAACGAAUUGGUCAGAACCAACACUUUGACCAAGGCUGCCAUUGUCCAGAUCGAUGCUACUCCUUUCAAGCAGUGGUUCGAAGGUCACUACGGUCAAACUUUGGGUAAGAAGAAGAACGCCAAGGCUGCCGAAGAAGAAGUUGUUGCUUCUUCCAAGAGCGCUGAAAAGAAGUGGGCUGCCAGAGCUGCCGACGCUAAGAUCGAACACACCGUUGAAACCCAGUUCGGUGCCGGUAGAUUGUACGCCUGCAUUUCUUCCAGACCAGGUCAAUCCGGUAGAUGUGAUGGUUACAUCUUGGAAGGUGAAGAAUUGGCCUUCUACUUGAGAAGAUUGACUGCCAAGAAAUAA